AUGAAUGUCAAUUAUGACAUUCAACAUUGGUUAGACAACACGAUCAAGAGAAGCUCAGCCCCUCGAGCACCCAGGAUGUCCCAAAACAUUGUACAAGAGAUGGCAGCUGCCUUGCGCUCCAGCAAAGCGCAAUUGGAAGUUGUGAACAUGCAAUUAGCCCAGCUGGACAGGCAAAAGAAGCUUGCACAACUCACCACUAAAGAACUAGAAUCAUACCCCGUUAAGAAAGUAUGGAGGUCAUGCGGGAAGGCAUUUGUUCUACAGGAUAGAACAAAGUAUACCGCAGAUCUAGAGAGUGAUGAGAAGUUGGUGGAAGAACAGGCGAAGGCGCUCAAAAUCAAACAGAACUACCUUCAAACCACGGUUGAAAACACGGUAGAGAGCAUGAGGAGAGUGAUUCAGCAAACGUAA